ACAAUCUUCCAACUUAUCUUUUCUCUCUGUUUUCGUUUAUCGAGUGCGGUGAACGAAAUAAUUUUUCUCGAAUAUUUGUACUUUAUAAAUUGUUAUAAUUAACAAUUAACUUGUUUGACUUGUGUAUUUUUAAUUCAGCGGAUUUUUUGUUGUUAAAUUCGAUUGUUCCAUUUUUACGGAUCCGUUUGGGUAAAAAUCAAUUGGAUCCUAUUUCACAUUAUCAGAACUAGGCUGUGGCAAUGAUAAUAUAAUAUGUCUGGGACGUACAAGAAUUAUAUGAGAUUAUUAGAAUCGUGGCCUCUCGAUCCAACAAAAACUGGCAGAGAUUUGGGCCUGCACAUUCGAGACCAGAUAAAGAUUGCUUUCGCAAAGGGGGAGAGCUCUCAGGUUGACAAGGAGUUAUGCGAUAGGUAUUACGCCAGUUUAAAACGACUGGCAUCGAAUCAUUACGGCUCGCUCUAUAAGCGUACGUUAACUUCUACUGCUAGCGGUCUCACGGUGGAACAGUGCAAUUUAGCACUUUCUCCAGAACUUCAAGAAUUCUUUGCAGAAGAGGAAAGGAGUUACUUCAGUAAAGCAAGAAGGACGGUACAAUAUUAUUUAGAAAAAGAUAAAAAAGAUAAAGAUCAUAAAGAAUCGUGAAGUUAAUUUUAAUUAAUAUGAUUGGGAUCAGAUGUCAUCUUGAGGUGUACCAAAGUCGUUUAGCUCUGUUUGGCAAUUAUAUAAAUAGCAGAUUAUUAAGCAAUGAAUGUCAACAAGGAAGUACAAAGGAGCACCAUGUGCCCGUCAUGUCUAAAGAAGUAAUGAAGUAUUUGAAACCCACUUCAGGAAGUGCUUUUAUAGACAUGACAUUUGGUGCAGGUGGUCACACACGUCAAAUUUUGCAAUCCUCGCCAAAUGUAAAGGUAUAUGCUCUCGAUCGAGAUCCAGUAGCUUAUGGGUACGCAGAAGGUCUUGCAGAAGAAUACCCUGGGCAAGUGAUACCUCUCUUGGGAAGAUUUUCUGAAUUACCAGAAUUACUAAAGAAACACAAAGUAAUGCCAAGUAGCGUAGAUGGAUUUCUCUUUGAUUUUGGUUGUUCGUCGAUGCAGUUUGACGUCGCUGACAGAGGUUUCUCACUGUCAAAAGAUGGACCACUAGAUAUGCGAAUGGAUGGUUCUAGAUUCCCAGGUGAACCCACCGUUGCCGAUGUCCUUGCUAGGGCCGAUGAAACGGAUCUUGCUCAAAUAUUAAAAGUUUAUGGACAAGAAAAGGCUGCUAAGAAAAUUGCUCGUGCUAUUAUCGACGCUAGGUAUAUGUUCAAAACCCUAAAGACAACUAGUCAGUUGGCAGAAUUGGUUGCUUCGGUAUCAGGAGAUGGUCACAGAACGGAUCGAUUAGGGAGAUAUGCACAUAGUGCAACAAAAACGUUUCAAGCUUUUAGAAUUUUUAUAAACAAUGAAUUGAAUGAAAUUAAUUAUGGCAUGUUCAUAGCUGAGCGGUACUUGAAGCAAGGGGGACGUCUAAUCACUAUAUCUUUUCAUUCUCUUGAAGAUACGAUUAUCAAGAGACAUCUUACAGGAAGCCUUGAGAACAAUCAAAUCAAUAUACUUCCACCGCGAUAUACAAAUUGUAGUAAAUGGUUCGACCACAAUGAGAUGGAAACAAUUACAAGAAGUCCUUGGUCCAUGUUGCACAAACAUGUUAUAACGCCUGAAACCGAAGAAGUCGAAACAAAUCCUCGAUCUCGAUCAGCAAAAUUCAGAGCCAUUAUGAAGGUUUAAAUAUAAGUGUGUGGAACUAUCUUUUCAACUAGUAUUCAUGUUAUAUCAAAAUCCCAGUACCGAAAUAAAAUAGUCUCGUGCGAAUAAUA